AUGUGGUUAGCCCGGGGCGUGCAGUCCGCCGUCUUCUACUAUGCCACAUGCACCCCGUGUGCCACUGCGGUAGACCGGCGACGGAGGAAGAGAGACGCUGCACGAGCCCAGAGGGAACAGGCAAAGUCGACCGUUAUCGUCACCGAUCAGCCGCGCCCGUUUGCUCAACCGACUCCGUUCAGUACCAAUUCCGGAUGGGCCGAAGAGAUCACCCUGGGCCCUGGGCCCCCGACUCGUCGCCAUCGUGCGAAGAACUGUCAGAGUGAUGGCAUGGCGCCGCCGAGAUUGUCCGCCACCUCGAGCACGACGAUCGAAGACGGACCGCCAUCCGAGAGGGAGAAGACGCUAAAGGCGUCUUUGGGAGAACGCUUCCACUGGACUCGAUACCAGCGCGAAGAUGAAGUGCUCUGGGGGGAAGAAGGGGAGGAAGAGGAACAGCAGCAGUCGGCCAGGUUUCCCGGCCGCGCUCGAGCAGGAACAAGCCACUCGAAUAAAUAUUAUGUCGGUCGCGCGCCGCCAGUGAAUGACUUGCACCCGCCAAUUGUCAGUGGGCCGACUAGUCGUGCCGAGACACGAUGGAUGAUGCAACCACCGCCGACCGCCAGAGUCAUGGCCGGAAAGGCUAGGCACGAUUCCGUCCGUAAGAGCAAAGCGCCAAGUACACGCAGGGCAGCAGCAAGACUUGACAUAAAGAUUGAAGAGACUGCUGAGGAAUAUGAUGAUCUCCAAGAAGGACAGUCGAUUCCGAUGCCAGACCGGAAGAGUUGGUUUGCCGCUGGCACGAGUCUCAACAAUCGCAAAGCGACCGACAAAAAGCGCCGGCCGCCCCCGGUCGCAGUGAUCAAAGACUUUGACAGAGACUAUAUCAGCUCAGAGGCGCUCUCUGAUUGUAGUCCUCGUUAUCCACCGGCGGCAACACUUGCAUCUCGACCAGAGUCGAUGGCUCACAUCCGUCACGCCUAUGACGAGUGGCAUCUGCCGAUAUCGUCAACCCGUUCUGAUUCGCCAUCGAGUCUUGGAUCGGAUUCUUUCCACUGUCCCGACACACCGUAUUCACGACCAGAGUCGAAGCGUACAGAAGAUAGCGGCAAAGCUUUCCGCUCGCCAUACGACAAUAUCGCCAGCCCCAUGGGACGGCCUGACGACAAGGGCAUUGAAGCCAUCCGCGUCGAAGUGGACGAGCCAAAGUCGCGAGAGCAAAUGAGACCGUUGAAAUGGCGGUGGAGCUUCGAUGUAUAG